AUGAGCUUCCACCUCAGCGCUGAAGACAUCCGUAUCGAGGAUGGCCAUAAGCUCGUUGCUCGACUCCGCAGAGACAAUGGUGAACUGCAAGACGCCGAGAUUGACCUGAACCAAUACCUCGGAAACGACAACGGCCACUUUCAAUGGGAAGGUGUCAACUUCUCUGAAUCCGCCGAGAAUGUUCACUUCGCUAUCGAGGGAGGCGGCGAGGUUCCUGUCCUCCGGGCUCGGUUGGCAAAUGUGGACGGCGAGUACCUAGAUGCUGACGUCAAUCUGUCUGAGCGUAUUGAAAAUAUUGAUGGCCGCUUCGAAUUCCAGUGA